AUGCUCAUGGGUCUUCUUCUUUUCUUCUUCUUUGCUUCUGCUUGCUCCCUUGCCUGCUUGAACGCACAGUCUCUCACUCCUGCUCUCUCAACCUCGCUGGCUCUCCACCUGUCCGCCGCCAGCUUUGACCUCCGAAGUCUGGAGUACAUAUGUGCCGCCGGUGAGCCCGCCAUCGAGCCCACAGGCAGGCAGGCAAAAAAGCAAGCAAGAAGCAGAAAGUACAAAAAAGAAGCCAGGCAGGCAGGCAGGCAAUUCUCCGCAGGGAAAGAAGCAAAAAUACAGAGACGAAACGCAAAAAAACAAAAGAGAAAAACGAGAGGGAGAAAAAAAGAAAUGGAAACGCAGAGAAAGGAUAAAAAAGGACGAUGA